AGAGAGACGUUGCUGCCUUUUAGUCGACUUCCCGACGGGAUAAAAAGAUCCGAGGAGCUGCACUGUGAGUUUGUUCGGCCGGUUUUGGAUGAGAAUCUCAUGGAGAAGGCGAGGAUGAGCGGCCCGUGCGCGCUGAAGCCCUCAGUGAAGGAGUCCCGGGCGGAAUCCGUGGCCUGCGGUGCAGCUGUGAGAGCGCAGUGAGGGCUGGAGCUGACUGGGAUGGGGUUGUUUAUGGGUUCGAGUCCAUCACUGGCUGCACGGCGUGGAGGAAAAACUGCGGUUUGAAGGAGAAGAAAAGCAGGACUGAGAUCUCGUGAGGGCUUCAGAGCUUCUCUGAGCAGGACUUGGUGUGUUAAAGCUGAGCAGGAGCUCAGUGGAUGGUGGAAAGAGUCUGGUCUGGACACACACAGUCCUUCCUUCCUUCCUUCCUUCCUUCCUUCCACAUUUCCACUUCUUCCCUUCGUUUUCAGGAGUUAUAAAAUAAUGCACCCCUUUGUGCAUAAAAUCAGGAGGAAACAGUGCUGUUAUUCUCCACCCUUCCCGGUGUCGAGAUGUUGAGAAGUUCCUGAAGGUUGAUGAAGGAGUUUGGUGGGUUCGGUGGAUUCGGUUCUCCCAGAGUUUCUUUCCAAAAAACGGUUCAAAAUGGUGGAGAAUAGAUGUUGCCUGAAGAGAGAAGGGGUGUACCGGUGGUUCUCGGGCCUGAGCUCGGCUCAGAGGGCCGAGUUCCUGUGCGGACUCUUGGAUCUGUGCGUUCCGGUGGAGUUGCGCUUCCUCGGGUCCUGCUUGGAGGACUUGGCUCGUAAGGACUACCACUCUCUGAGAGACGCCGAGAUCAAAGCCAACAACCCAGCCGACCUGGCUCUCCUGGCCAACAUGACGGACGAGGUGGUACGCAGCAAGCUUCUCGUCUCGCUGGCGCUGCUCGGCUCAGACAACCGCGCGGCAGCAGGUGUGCUCUUCCGGACGCUCACGCACGUCGACACCAUCAUCCACGAUUACGGGCUGCGGCUGAGUGACGGGCGGACCGGUGAACAGUUCCUGCUGCUUUUCACCAUGGCCGCCAAUCACCCAGCCUUCAGCUUCCACCAGAAGCAGGUGCUGAGACAGCAGCUCGCACAGAUCCAGGAGAUCCUGCAGUCCAACGGGUCCGACACGGCGCACGGAGGAAACACCGGCUCACCUGCUGUUCUGACUUCAGUGCCCACAUACAUCAGCGCACCUGCACCUACACAUCUUACCUGCUGCACCAAGACCGUACCCCGAGAGGUGAUGACAGGCCCUGUGGAUGAUGUUCUGGGGUCGGAGGUCAUGUCCACAACCCCUGCACCUUCUUGUCAGGAGCUGCCUGUCAAAAUGUACGCUGGGAAACCUGGAAAAGUUCGAGUCGAGAGGAUUUUGCUUCAGGGAGUCAAACACAGAGCGGACACAUCAACUGAAUACACACUGGAGGUCGAGUGGUCCGACUCCACCAAGUCAUUCAUUAGCAAGACGUCUCAGGAAGUGAUGGAGCUGGUGUCCCAGCUCUCCCAGCUCUUUCCUGAUGACGGUCUGGAAAAGUUCCUGCCCCAGACUGGUGUUGACCCUCAUGAGGUGGACCUGAGGUGUUUGAGUUCUCUUCCUGCACACGCUCUCCGACACGAGCGAGUGCGGCUCUUCUGCUCUCCCUCCAGCCCACAGCCUCCCUCCAGCACCAAUCUGAGCUGUCUGCUCCAGUACAGAGGAGCGAGCAGGGUGGUGUGUGGUGUCGCAAGUGUUCAGCCGGUGGUAAACGUUCUUGCCCCAAUUCACCAGCCCUCGCCCGCACACCUGCCCCCUCCACCCAUCCUGCCUCUCCACCCGAGCUCCUCUGUCCCCACUAUAGGAGAGACCAACUCGCCUCAGCAGCAAACGCCCCAACACCAACAACAACACCAGCCACACCCACCCAGCCCUGAGCAGAACGGCAUCCUGGACUGGCUGCGUAAGCUCCGCCUCCACAAAUACUACCCCGUCUUCAAGCAGCUCACCAUGGAAGAGUUCCUUGCUCUGACAGAAGAGGACCUGAAUAAGUACGACCUCACUCAGGGAGCCAAGAAGAAGCUGAAGACUCAGUUGGAGCUGCAGAAGGAGAAGUUGGAGAAAAGAUACACGAUGUCUCAGUUCCCCGUGUCCUGUGGUGGAGUCGCGAGAGUGACACCUUCCACUUACAACGGCCCCGUAACACACACACACUCGAGCAGCAGCAGUAACACAGAGCUGCGUGUGGAAGUGGAGGCCGGUUCUCUGUCCUCUCUCAGGGACAGCAGCUCAUCGUCGGGUUACUCCAGCUCUCCAUCCAGUCCCAUGACUCCUCUGAAAGAGACUCACAGACGUGCCGAUGUGGAGUGUGUUGAGAAAGAUCGUGUGUGUUUCCUGCUCAGCGCUGCUGGUUCCGGUCCGAGUCGCCCGACGGCUCAGGUUCUCCCGGUGCAGAACGAUCCCUCCAUCUGUCCGUCUCACCCCAGCGUGACCCUUCCCUCCCUCCCACUGCUGGCUCAGGGCCGAGGACUCGGCUCUGCCUCCCGCAAGCCCCGCCCACCCCUGCUCUGCACAGCGAUGGGCAUGGAAGCCCCUCCCCCAGGGCAUCAGGAUGCGGAAACGAGUGUCGUGUUAACAGCAACCUCCAACACCCUCCAUCACGCCUCACAUCCCACGCUACACUUCCAGGUUUCAGCCACGCCCGGCCACGCCCGAUUGGCUCAGUACCCAAACCCUGCCUCUUCCUCCUCCUCAUCUUCUUUCUCUUCCUCGUCAUCUUCCUUUUCCUUGUCCUCCAAACCUGCCUUCUCGCCCAUCAGCGCUGUUCCCAUGGCAGCUGUUUCCGGAAACACUUACAGCGCCAAUAACGCGUCCAUAGUAGCCCCACCCACCACCAGUCCUGUCACUACGGAAACGGCGUGCUACGGUUCUGCUCAGUCCAACGGUACGACGGCGUGCGUGUGCAGCUCGUGCGGCUGCAGCGGAAAGUGCGGGUCGUUUUAUUUCCCGCACCCGUUCUCCGGGACGUCCCUGUUCACCUUUGGCCCGCUGCUCCACUUCAGCCCGCUCCUUGCAGGGAGUGGCUCCGCCUCCCCGUUCUCGUACCCGAUUGUGGCCCCGCCCCUGUACAACAGCAGCUUGUCGCAUGACUCGCCACAGAACCUCGUUCUUCCCCCGAUGCAGGGCUUUCUAGGAGGCGGGGCUAAUGUGUACCAGCCCUAUGGCAUGAUGGGAAACGGAGGCGCGGGGCAAAAGAAGGCUGGAAACGUUUCCUGCUACAACUGCGGACUGAGCGGCCAUCGAGCGCACGAUUGCAAACAGCCGCCGAUGGAUUCGGCUCAGCAAGGUAUGUUUCGUCUCAAAUAUUCUCCUCAGUCAGACAGUCAGGACUCUGGGGACUAGCCGUUAUUUACAGGUUUUCCAAGCAGAACCCACUUCCGUGUGUGUGUGUGUGUGUGUGUGCUGGCUUUAAAGCGUUCUAGUCUCAGAUCCUUUGAACACAGAACCUUUCUGGGACUCUCAUGGACUUUCACUCCGAGAGAUGCUUUGUAAAGGACGAGCCGAACAUCAGGGAUGAUCCGAACACCAAAACUCGUGAGGAAUGUCGCAAAAAAAAAAAUGGCCACCGGGUUUUUAAUCGGCUCCUUCCUCAGGUCCUCAAUCGGCCUCGUCCCGUUUUAUCUCAGCGUGAUGCACUUAACAGCGAGCGACAACGCUUCAGUCUCGCACGUUUCUCUCAGACCUGGUGGACCCGAACACUGCCGAAUUUGACUCUAGCACAGGACUGGACACGAAUUUCUCAAGUUUUGUGGCUUCAUUUAAAGUGGCUAUGUGUUUUUGUUUUGUUUUUUUUAUAACAAGACUUUUUUUUUGGAUGUUGAAAAUUUUUAAUCACAUCAGAAUUUUUCUUUUUAUAUAUAUAAAUAUAUAUCAUGUUAUUUUUGCUUUGCUACAAAACCUACAGUGUUUACCAUUAUGGUGUUUAAAGCCACGCCUACUUAAAAAAAAAAGUACCGUUUUUCUGUCGUAGCUACGUGCCAAUAAUCCGUUUUGUGAUGUUCAAAGCGCACAAUAUUGUAAAAAAUUAGCAAAUCCAAAUUGAGUGAAAGCUGCCUAUUAUUCUGGACAAAUUUGAGCAGAAAUCCCAGAAUUCUCUUCUCGCGGUGAGAGAAACCAGCAAAGUGUUUAAAUUUUAAUCACAUCUUUGUUUAUUUAAGAUCUCCGGAUGUACAUAUGCAUGAUUUUUCAAUAUUUCUAAGUCAUUUUUUUUUUUUUAUUUAUAAUAGACACUUUGAACGAUUGUAUGCAGGUUGAAAAACUGAAAUAAUUAGCACCUUAGCUAAUUCAGCGAGACGUCAGCGGAAGUUAAAAUAACGUUAAAACCAACAUGGUUUCGUUUAAACUCUUACCUUGUUCAGCUCAUUUGCUAACAGGUAACAGUGUGUUUGGUUCGUUUCCUCAGACAACGUCAUACAGAUGGUUACAAUUUCUUCGUGGAUUUAACAAAGACUUCACUAAAUUUCGUUCAUUAAUUUAACGAGGGUUCAAUAAAAACUUCACAAAGUUUCUUUGGCUUGUUCAGUAAAGAUUGAGCUCGACAUUUUUUGAUUAUUAUCAAGGUUUUGUUAAAUUAACUUCGCUAAAUGAGCUCAAUUUCAUAGAUAAUUAAUUUAAUUACAGGCAUCACAUCACUAAAUUUCUUAAUGUAAUUCAUAAAAUUUUCACUUGUUCCUUUUCUCAUAUGAUUGAGUUUGGACUUUGCUAAUUUGCUUUCGCAAGGUAGCAAAGACUUGGCUAAAUUAGCUAAAGGAAAAAUGUCACUGAAAAUUCUGAAUUCUUGAAUAUAAUCAGGAUUUUGCACAAUUUCCAAAUUUCCAUUUGGCUUCAGUUUGUUAACAAGGACUUUGUCUUUGUAUAAAACAUCUAAAGAUGUCACUGAAAUUUCGUCAACAGAAUCGAAAGGAUUUUGUUCGAUAUCUUUACCUAAUAUCGUGAAACUUUUGCCAUGAUUUCUUUGUUGCUUUACUUUGGAAUUCCCUACAUUCCUUUAUUCUUAACCUUUUCUAAAUUAGAUUAAAAAAAUCUAGCAAAGCUGUGACUGAAAUUGUCUUUGAUAUCAUAGCAAAGAUUCUGCUAAAUUUUCUUAGCUACUGUAGCUAAGACUUUACUGAAUUUCCUCAAUAUCCUUUGCUAGUUUAGCAGAAAUUUUCAUUAAAUUUCCUUUGUUAAUGUCGUGAGGAUUUUUGCUAAAAUCCUUCACUAAUUCAUUGAAGAAUGUUCUCAAUUUCCAGCCUGUUUAGCACAGAGUUUUGCUGAAUUUCCUUAAAUAAUGUUGUGAGCAUACUGCUAACUUUGCUAAUUUACUGUAGAAUUUGUUAAAUUUCCUUUGCUAAAUUUUGUAAGGAUUUUCACUCCAUUUCCUUGGAUAAUGAACUGAGGCCUUUGGUAAAUUUCCUUUGCUCAUUUCCAUUGUUAAUAUCGCAAGGAAUUUUGCUAUUUUCACAACUAAUUUCGAAACUAUUUUGAUGACAGUCCCUUUCAUAGUGCAGGAUAAUAAGAAUACAGAUUUUGCAAAAUUUCCACAACUAAUUUAGUGAGGUAUUCUGGUAAAUUUCCAUCGUUAAUUUAAUGGAGAAAUUACUAAAUUUUCUUAGCUAAUGUAGCUAGGACUUUUCUGAAUUUCCUCAAUAUCCUUCACUAAUUUAGCAUAGAUUUUCAUUAAAUUUCCUUUGUUAAAUGUUGAGGAUUUUGCUAAAACUCUUUGCUAAUUUAAUGAAGAAUGUUCUAAAUUUUCAGCCAGUUUAGCACGGAGAUUGCCGAAUAUCUGUCGGGAAUUUAGAAAGGUGGUUUUGCUGAUCUUCCUUAAAUAAUGUCAUGAGCAUACCGCUAACUUUGCUUUGCUAAUUUACUGUAGAAUUUGUUAAAUUUCCUUUGCUAAAUUUUGUAAGGAUUUUCACUCCGUUUCCUUGGAUAAUGAACUGAGGCCUUUAGGAAACUUCCUUGACUAAUUUCCAUUGUUAAUAUCGCAAGGAAUUUUGCUACAUUUUCACAGCUAAUUUUGAAAGUAUUUUGAUGACAGUCCCUUUUCAUAGUGCAGGAUAAUAAGAAUACAGAUUUUACAAAAUUUCCACAACUAAUUUAGUGAGGUUUUCUGGUAAAUUUCCAUUGGUAAUUUAAUGAAGAAGUUAUGACUUUUUCAUAGCUAAUAUAGCUAGGACUUUUCUGAAUUUCCUCAGCUAAAUAUCCUAAUCUGAUUGAGCACACAUUUUUAUGCCUCCACCACCGUAAGGUGCAGGAGGCAUUAUGUUUUCGGGUUGUCCGUCUGUGCGUUCGUCCAUCCCGAAACCUUGUGAACGCGAUAUCUCAAAGGCUAAUGAAAGGAAUUUCACCAAACUUUCACCAUUUGUGCGCUUUGGAACAAACAUGAACUAAUUAGAUUUUGAGAUCAAAAGGUCUAAGGUCAAGGUCACUGUGAGGUCAAAUGUCUGUCCAAAAGCGUUGUGAACACAAUAUCUCCAAGGCUGAUACAAGUAAUUUCACCAGGUCAAGAUUACUGUGAGGUCAAAUGUCCAUCCCCAACUUUAAUAAGGCAUGCGGUCUACCAGGCGGAGGCGUCCCCAUCGACGCCGUUGGCAUCGAGUUCUAUCUAGUCAUUAAAUGUUCUUUGUUAAUGUAGUGAGGAUUUUUGCUGAAACGCUUCAUUAAUUUAAUGAAGAAAGUUCUAAUUUUCCAGCCAGUUUAACACGGAGUUUGCUGAAUUUCUUUAGGAAAGUUUCUUUAAAUAAAGUUGCGAGCAUGCUGCUAAUUUUGCCUCGCUAACUGAGCUCAAUUUCUUGGAAAUUCAUUUAAUUAUAGGCAUUACAUUUAGUGAAGAAUGUUGCUCGGUAAAUUCCUGAGGUAAUUUAUCAAGGAUUUUGCAUCUCUAAACCCAAAGUCGCAAAGAUUUUCACUUCAUUUCCUUUGAUAACGUCGUACAGAUUGUGCUACAUUUCCAUUGUUAAUUCCAGAAGGUAUUUGUGAUCAAAUUCCAGAACAUAUUUAACAAGGAUUUUUGCUAAAAUUCCCCUGGAUAUUUCAUUAAAACCUCAAGAAAUUGCUUCAUCAAACAUUGAGCUAAUUAUUUAGCUUAAAAACUUUUAGAUUUUGAUGAAAUUCCUUCAUUAUUUCAGCGAGUACUUCUGCUUCAUGCACUUUCUGGUCUGUGGGCGGAAACGUGAAAGUUCAGGUUUGGUUUUACUGAACGCGUUUCUCCUUCAUUUCAUCCGCGAGCUCUGCACGGCUCCUUUAGAACGGUUCUUUAUACGAGUCGCAUUUUUUAAACACAAAUGUCACUUUUUUUCUGGUUAAAUUUUGUAUGUAAUGUUUGAUGCUGAAUUCAGAGGAUUGUUUGUAUUCAGAGUUAUUUUGUAUACCGUUAUCGAGUCAUUUCAGAAUUAAA